AUGCAUGUCCAGAUCUCACUCACCAACAAACCAGGCUAUUGGGCGAAAGCUUUAGCUGAACGGUUUUGUGAGAAAAAUAAUGUCUUAUUUUAUUAUGUGAAUGCCACCGGAGAUGUACACUUUGGGGUCAACGGUGAUGAGAAGGGAAUCUUUUUUAGCGGUGUAGAGACUAGAUCGCCAUUAUGGACGCUAAUAGAUGUAUACGGCAAUUGCACUGGUAUCGAGUUCUUAGACCCAAGGAUUCAAGUCGACACGUCCUAUGAAAGACCCUAUACGGAUUCUGAGUUCAGUGGUGUUAUUUCUUCUAUGCAGACAUUGACCGUACAUGAGGAACUUCCUGCACCGCGAUUUACACUUCCAGCUGCACCAUCACCAGCAUCGUCUAGUUCAAUGCCAUUCCACUGGGUUCGAGGCCGCAACGUUCGAUUUUCGGCUGAUCGCACAAUUGCAAGCCGUGUAGAGACCGAAUUUUCACAGGGAUAUGUUUUCACCGCGAGGCCAAUCCGCAUAGGGGAAAAACUAAUUGUUCAUGUUAUGAGUACUGAGCCUAUGUUUGUUGGUGCUCUAGCUCUUGGGCUUACGUCAUGCGAUCCUGCUACGUUGACUCAGUCAGAUUUACCUGAUGAUUCUGACAUGCUGUUGGAUAGGCCAGAGUAUUGGGUUGUGACGAAAACAGCUGGAAAUCCUGAACGAGACGAUCGCAUAUCGUUUUGUGUUACUGCUACAGGCGAAGUACAUAUGAGUAAGAAUGAUGGUCCUAGAACUGUUGUAAUGCAUGUGGAUCAGAGCCUGCAGUUAUGGGCGUUUCUAGAUAUUUAUGGCUCUACUCAAAGCGUUCGAAUGACCAGCGAUAUUUCUCCUCCCAUCGUACAACCCCCGUCGCAGCGACUGCACGUUUGUCUUUCUGCAUCUAAUGUGGGAUCGGAAUCGAUGAAUAAUUUUAAUUCGCAAGCAGAACAGCGACAAAGGAGACUAGUAGCAUCAUCAGGGAGAUUUAUUCAAAUGCCUUCCACAACUGAUAUGAUGCAAGUUCAAUCCGUGACGAAUGGUGGUGCCUAUCUUGUUGUCAAUUUACCUCCUCCGCAUGCUAGCUUGUUGUCUUCGAGUAGUAAUCAUCAUAACAAUGUUGGAUCAAGUGGGAAACUAGUAUCGAAUUACAAUAAUUCAUAUCCUGAGGCUGUUUCCUCAUCAUGCUCUGCGAUAGACAACAAUGGACCAUUUCCUGGCGAAGAAUGCACAAUAUGUUAUGAAAAUCCAAUAGAUUGUGUGUUAUACAUGUGCGGUCACAUGUGCAUGUGCUACGAGUGUGCAAUACAACAGUGGAGAGGUAAGGUGGCGGGCAUUGUCCUUUAUGUCGUGCCGUAA